GUCCAACCCUUUGUUGUUGUUUAUAACCCAAAAUUGACAACAAAUUGACCAGACCGGAAAACCCCCCCCAAAAUUCUCUCUCUCUCUCUCUCUCUCUCUCUCUCUCUCUCUGUGAAUAUACACGUAAAUAGAUGUAGAGAAAUUUGUAUGUAAUUAACUACUAAAUGGUAGGACAAUCGAGAAAAUGGAUGAUAUUGGUGGCGAGUACGUGGAUACAGGCAUUCACGGGCACGAAUUUCGACUUCUCGUCCUACUCGUCGGAAUUGAAGUCGGUGUUGGGGAUAUCCCAAUUGGAGCUCAACUAUUUGUCGGUGGCGUCGGACAUGGGUAAGGCGUUCGGGUGGUGUUCUGGUGUCUCGCUCUUGUAUUUCCCCCUCUGGGUCGUCAUGUUCAUGGCCGCUUUCAUGGGCCUUUUGGGUUACGGGGUUCAAUGGCUUGUUAUUCGAGGCGUCAUCUCCUUGCCUUAUUUCCUGGUGUUCCUGCUGUGCUUGUUAGCAGGAUGCAGCAUCUGCUGGUUCAACACAGUCUGCUACGUCCUCUGCAUCAGAAACUUCCCGGCCAACCGUCCCCUAGCCUUAUCCCUCAGCAUCAGCUUCAACGGCGUCAGCGCCGCCCUCUACACCCUCAUCGCCAACGCGGUCUCCGACUCCGACAGCAACUACUCCCUCUACCUCCUCCUCAAUGCCCUCGUCCCCCUCCUCACCUCCUCCGCCGCCCUCCUGCCCGUCCUCCGCCCUCCUCCUCCCCACUCCCUCCCCCUCCCUCCAGACUCCGUCCGCUGCGACUCCCUCACCUUCCUCUACCUCAACAUCGUUGCCAUCUUCACCGGCCUCUACCUCCUCCUCCUCAACUCUCUCUCCUCCGAAUCCACCUUCAUUGCCCGUAUCCUCUUUUCCGGAGCCGUCUUGCUCUUAGCCCUGCCUAUUUUCACCCCAGGAAUCACCUACGCCCGAGGCUGGGCCCGCCAGGCCUUCCACAGCAAGUUCGAGGGAUCCAGUUUCAACCUGGUCGACGUUGAAGAUUUGGAGCUCCACAAGGAGUUAAUCGGGAGGGAGAGUCCAAAUGGAUCGGGUCGGGUCACGGGGGCGAAACAGGGGUUUCUUGUGGAUUUGAUUGAGAAGGAUCUGGUGGCAGUGCUCGGGGAGGAGCACCCGUUGAAGUGGGUGGUGCGGCGGAGGGAUUUCUGGUUGUAUUAUGCGGCAUAUUUCUGUGGGGGAACUAUUGGGUUGGUUUAUAGCAACAACUUGGGGCAGAUUUCGCAGUCGUUGGGGUUCAGUGACAGGACUAGCUCCAUCGUGACGCUUUAUUCUACUUGCUCCUUCUUCGGUCGGUUGCUCUCUGCUGCGCCCGACUUUCUAUCAAGGUAUACUUUGCGAGGACAGGGUGGUUCGCGCUAGCGAUUGUGCCAACGCCGAUUGCCUUCCUCCUCCUCGCCAUAUCAGGCAGCGAGACGGCCUUGACUGCCGCCACUGCCUUGAUUGGACUAAGCUCUGGAUUCGUAUUCGCGGCAGCAGUAUCAAUCACGUCAGAGUUGUUCGGACCGAACAGCGCCGGCGUCAACCAUAACAUUCUCAUAACCAACAUCCCCCUCGGCUCAAUCCUUUACGGUCUGGUCGCGGCCCUGGUUUACGACGCCAAUAUACAGAGCUCAAACCGGGUAGUUAUAGUGGGGGACUCCAUGGUGUGCAUGGGAAGGAAGUGCUACUUUGACACAUUCUUGUUGUGGGGCAGCAUGUCUCUUUUGGGUCUGGUUUGUAGUGGUCUGCUUUUUCUAAGGACCCGUCACGCCUACGAUCGCCUCGAAAGGACCCGAAAUCGGAUUCAAUCCGCUUAGGUGGUUUUAUCGCUUGGUGAAAUCCUGAUGUGAAGUGGCAUGGCAUUGAGCUUUGGGAAUUCAUUGGGAUUAAUGUAAUAUAGGCUUAGUGAGAAUAGCUUAUACAAAUGAGAUUCACUUGAGAGAGAAAUUUGUCACCUAUGCUAAAAUGAGAUGAAAAAUGGUUUUUUUCAAAUAUAGGAUUGGAAUCCCACCUUCAAAUUGUGGAAUGUAUACCUACAGGGGUAGGCAACCCCUUGUGUAGUCCUUUUUUUUUUUUUGUUUCUUCAACUUCACAAUUGAAAGCAGAAGCAGAAAGGAUAGAGAGGAUAUAUGACUUUGUUUAAGGUAAUUGCAUCUUAACGACU